AUGGAGCCUUACCGUCCAUAUUCUACAACAGAUUAUUCUGGCGUCAAUGCAAAGCAUGAGGACCAAGUUCAGCUAGUACCUAAGCGGGAAAAGCGCCCCAAAACACUGGCCGUUCAGGCGACUACACCUCACCGAAUUCGAGUGGCAUUCCGCGUUAUCGCGUUGGCCUUCUCGUUUGCGCUUGUCGUCAUUAUGGUUAAAGCUUUGAUCGUUUACGAACGUACCAAGAGCGAGACGUUCACUUAUCCUAGGGGUACUACGCUCUCGGCAUGGCCGCAGUCCCUGCAGACUGGACCUACAGCUCUCAUGCUAGUUGCGGCCGUGGUUUCUGUAAAGUUGAAUAUUCUCUCCCUCCUCACACUCUGCGCUUGUUUCCGGAAGUUGCGUGCGAAACGUAUAGGUCCGAUCAUGGCAAUGGUGUCUUCCUUCCUAGCCUUCAUCGUAUCGACUGCUGCAGUUGUAUAUUACAAGAGCUGGGACACAGGCAAGAAGUCGCAGAGUGACAUUUGGAACUGGACUUGCACUCAUAAAGAUAUCGAGGUCCGUGUUGAGAACAAGGACCUUGGCUUCAGCACUGUUUGCCAAGAGAUGGUGAGCAAUUCCCUGGCUAUAAAUUACCUGCAGCUGACUAUCUUGAAGCACUUUGGGUUCUGGGCAGGUGUGAUUGUGGCGGUGGUUGAGUUUCUGAACUUCAUCCUGUCAUGCUACAGUUCAGUGCAUUUUAAGCUUGUGCGAAGUGAUGAGCCUGACUUCCACCUACAAACUCAUACCUAUGCGAAGCUGCCGGAAGAGAGACAGGCAAAUUAA